AUGCCACGAGGCGGCGGUCGCGGCGGCGGGCGCAAGCAAGGCAACGAACCCGAAGCCUACGACGACGAAGAACCCACGCCCAUAGCAGGCACAACGAUCAAGCCAGCACCAACCUUCCCACCACUCUACCAGCCUAUUCCCAAACCGCUCUCCACCAUAGAAGUCGCCUCAGUCAACGCAUACCUCAACUUCCGCACACGAUCACGUCGCGGACCGUUCUUCGCGACUCUCGACCCAAGCAGCCUCACCGACGAGAACGGCAAAGUUCGGCCGAGGGCGGGCUUUGAUCCAUUCAAUGACCAGGAGCGCUACACUUCGAGGUUCCAGAAGAAGAAGCGCACGGUUCCUGACGUUGCUGGACAGGAGUUCGCGUUGCAGAUGUUCCCGAAAGAGUUGUGGUUGAGCCUGGAUCCGAAGCGCACACAUCCGUUGUGGAAGACGGUUGAUCCGGCGGAGUUUGAGAUGGUGAAGUCGCGGAAGCGGCGGAGGAGGCUUAGUGAUACGGGUGGGCCUAGGGAUGGCACGCCGGCCGUUGAGAAUUCGGGGGACGAGUCAGAUGGGGUUGUGACGGGGCGGAGGAAGCUCAAUGCUGCCAAGUCACGGAAAGGAGAGCCGGCUUCUAAGCAGCGGCGUGGGCUUGAUGCUGAGGAUGACUUUCCAGAGGACAGUCGCGAGGCAGACGACGAUGCUGAUGUUGAUAUGGAGGCGCAGGAUUCGGAGUUCAGUGAGUCAGAGGAUGACGAUAACGACUACAAUGCAGAGCAGUACUUCGAUGAUGGUGACGAUGAUGGUAUGGAAGAUGACGGCGGUGGCGGCGAUGAUUACUACUAG